ACGUGAACCAUACGUACCUACAGUGCUCGGAAAGGAAUCGUAAAGAUAGUAACCGGUUACUGUGGUACUUUGCAUGAGUAUUGGGCACGUGUGUAACAGUCGCGACGGACUCGAACGGUUUCAACAAACACAUAAUCACAUAGGAAAUUAUAGACCGAGCGUAUGCCUGGGUGGGAAUAAUUUGUGGACGAUUCAGUGUGCGAAAAUUAUUUUUCAAACUGUCGAUUUCGUUCAACUUUUACCCUUUCAGCACAGAUCGCGAAGACGCGGAAUUCCGAACUCCCUCCGAUCAAGGAGAGUGCCGAACUGCGAUCCAGCGAUCGCGGAACAGACUCGGAGUGAUUGCAGAGCCUCUGCAAAUGCUAUUUCUGGAUCGCGUCUGUGUCGUGGAAGUGAUUGUGCACAACUGCAGGCUGCAGGCUGCGGUUUCCGAGUGUACGAUUGACUUUUUUCAAAUAAAAUGGAAGUCAAACGUCUCGGCCGAGAGUCCGAGAGUUCCGACGACAGCGAUCUCGAGGUCGAACAUCCACUGAUUCGGGACGCCGUCGAGAAGCCGAAGUCCCGGAAUCCUGACUUCGUCAAGCGGAACCGGCGGAUGGACGUCGAGGGCGACCUGCGAUUGGAGUUAAUGACGAAGAGUAAACGUCAAGGAUGGCGUCGCUUGCUGAUCGGUAGCAUCGUCGCUAUCGUCGUAAUCGCUCUGAUAAUAGCGGCGGUGUUUCUCCUAACCGGCAGCCCCGCCGAUUCUUCAUCCGAUUCGCCAUCAGCCUCGGGAAUCACUCUCGAAGAAUGGCUCGGAGGAUCCCUCGCUACGAAGAGUUUCAACGGCACCUGGCUAAGCGGUAGUGAAAUUCUAUUCCAAGACGAAAGUGGAAACUUGGUGAUUCGCAACGUGACCUCGGGUACUUCGAGGACAAUACUAGAAGUAACAAACAUGAUCCUGGCUAUCAGUUUCGACUACGAGAUUUCGGCCGAUCGUAACUACCUGCUGCUCGCUUCCAAUUAUCACAAGUUGUAUCGUCACACUUACUUGGCCCACUACACGAUCAUCAAUCUGCAAACUCUCGAGCAGACAAGCCUCUCGCGAAACAACGUGAGCAUUCUUCAACUGGCGACUUGGGGACCACAGGGAAACAGCUUGGUCUACGUGUUGCAGAACAACAUCUACUACCGGCCACAGGCGGAAAUAGAAACCGAUUACGAGCUGACAACGGACGGAGUUUUCGGAACGAUAUACAACGGAGUACCGGACUGGGUUUACGAGGAGGAAGUCUUCAGCUCUAACAAGGCCCUCUGGUUCUCCCCGAACGGUUCGGGGCUGGUAUUCGGUCACUUCGACGACACGAGUACUCCGGUAAUGCACAUACCGUACUACGGUUACCCUGGGAGUCUUUCGUCGCAGUACACCUCCUCGAUCCCGAUCCACUAUCCGAAGAGCGGGACCACGAAUCCGACCGUAAAACUGUUCUACGUCGAUCUCGAGCUCGCCGCGGCCGGAAACGUAACGCUGGUGGAAAUAUCACAUCCAUCUCAGCUGGACAGCGACGAGCGGAUUUUAGCCGCUGUCGCUUUCCCGACCAAUAAUCUGAUUUCUGCUACCUGGAUGAACCGCGUGCAGAACAUUGCCUACGUACAGCUUUGCGAGCCAUCGACGAACACCUGCGCCACGGGCUUGUCGCACGCGGAAACCGCCGGUUGGGUCGAACAAUUCGAACCGCCGAUAUUCAGCAGCGACGGAACCGCAUUUCUCCUGAUUCUUCCCCAGGAUCAGGGUGACUCCGGAGCCUGGCGACAUCUCACGAUGAUAACAAACGCCACUUCCGGUUCACCGGUUUCCACUGCCCUAACAUCCGGCACCCACGUCGUCACCGAGAUACUUUCCUGGGACGAAGACAGCUCGUUGGUAUACUACCUGGCUACCGCAACUUCAGACCCGGCUCAGCAGCACCUGUACAGAGUGAACAUAACGACGACGGAUUUCACGGAGGAAUGUCUCAGCUGCGGGGUGAAGUCUUCGAACGAGGAAACUGACUGCCUUUACAAUACGGCAAAACUAUCUACCGACAAUUCCCACUACAUUCUCACCUGCGCGGGUCCGGGUGUACCGGAAAUAUCGGUUUACUCCAAGGACACCACCAUGAUAUACUCAUGGGAAGACAACUCGGACGUGGCCGAAGUCGUAGCUGCGAAAUCUCUGCCCGAUGUCAAAAGGUACACAGUUCCUGUUACCGGCGGCUUUGAAGCUCAGGUCCGACUUCUUAUUCCGCCGAAUGCCGAUCUGACCGGCAACACGAAGUAUCCGAUGCUCGUCUAUGUAUACGGUGGUCCCGACUCUUAUCAGGUCACGGAGAGGUUCAACGUUGACUGGGGUUCUUAUCUAGUUACAAACAAGAGCAUCAUCCACGCUGCCAUUGACGGCAGGGGUUCCGGAUUAAAGGGAAACAGCAUGUUGUUCGCCGGUUAUCGCAACCUCGGGACAGUCGAGAUCUACGACCAAAUCAACGUUACGAAAUAUCUCCAAGAUAAUCUCCCCUUCAUCGACUCGACCAGAACUGCAAUUUGGGGAUGGAGUUACGGCGGUUACGCGACCGGAAUGAGCUUAGCGCUCGACUACGACGGUGUUUUCAAAUGCGGGAUGUCCGUAGCUCCGGUGACGGACUGGGCUUUGUAUGACUCGAUCUACACCGAAAGAUUUAUGGGACUCCCUACGGUGGCUGACAAUAUUGUAGGAUACGAAGGAGGGCAGCUCUUGAACAAGGCCGACAAUAUAAGAAACAAGGACUACUAUCUCAUCCACGGCACUCUCGACGACAACGUGCACUACCAGCAAUCUUUGAUGCUUGCCAAAGUACUCGAGCAAAAGGAUAUUCUCUUCAGACAGCAGACUUAUACAGACGAAGAUCACGGUAUAGCCCAAUCUAGGGCGCAUCUUUACCACUCGUUGGAGAACUUUUUGGACGAUUGUUUCGAGACGUCUUCAUGAUCAGGUAAUCAUCGCGUAAUUGAUCAUCCGUAUAACGUUGGGUGAAGUAAUGAGAUAAAGAAUUUAUACCGAAUGAAAAGAGAAGAAUUUGUUUGUACAUAAAUACUUACAUCACAUAUACCUAUAAAUAUACAUACCAUACACAAUUCUGGCUAGUAUUGUACAUAUGAUAUAGUUAAUGUAUAACAAAUAAUCUUUGACACCUGUGGAAGUGUUCGCGUAAAUUACGAGCCCAGAUAGGAGGUAGAGGGGGGAAAGACUUACCGUUUUAACUUUACAUGUUAUAGCUGUAAAGUAAUUCAGUAUACACACUAUAAUAUGCAUACAUAUAAUAUACAUAACAUAUAAUUGUAUAUAUGUAUAUUACAAAUGGCGUAUAUUUCACUGACACAAGGCUGCAGUGAUCAAGCCGAUUCAAUCAACUAAUAAAUAAAAACGAUAUACGUAACACACACAGACACACGCACACACACUAGCACACACGUACAGUCGUCAAGGUCGAGUAAAUUGAACAGAGAAAAUAGAAAUGUAGAAAUAAUAUUAACAUUGGUAAAAAAAAAAAAAAAAAGAUAAAUCCAAUAACCGUGUGGAUACGAAGACGGAAUUUCCGCAGUUUGUUAUAACGUGAAACCGAUUCCGCUACGGCCUUAGAACUUGAAACCUUCGUUUAACAUUGAAGGUCGUCAAGUAGGUAAUAAACUAAACGUUAACUAGGAUAAAUGAUGAUUAAGUGAAUUUUUUGCGGUGCGUGUUUUAAUAUCUUAGGGCUGUGGGAAAGAGAGUAAUUUUCUUAUUACAAAAUAGUAAAAUAAAAUAAAAUGAGCUAAAAUUAAUGAAUGAAUAAAAUUUUAUCAAAUUUCAUUGUAUAGAGCGUGUUGUUUUACAAACAGCAAACGGGUAACUUUAAUCUUUAUAUCAAAACUUUAAUAUAUUAUAAGUAUAAAUAAAUAAAUAUUGAAAGAUAAAAAUUAUUAUUAAUAAUAAUAAUAAAAUAAUAAUAUUAUUGAAACAUCGCCUCAACUCUACAGAUAAUUUUUCCCUAUAUUAAAAUUGUCGGCACGAUCGUGUGUACAAGAACGCUAUGUAAUGUACAAUCAUUUUUCAAUUCUGAGAAAACUUUCUAGCAGCUAUUUGUCUCGUUGACUACUUUUUUCAUUCUAUCUAACUUUUUUUCAUUCUUAUAUGGUCCUGAUCGACAAAACCGCAUAUCUAUGGGCUAAAAAUAAAAAAAAAGUCGUCGACUUUGGAUCGGCUGCAAAACUUUAUAUGUCGAUCUAAUCAAAAUAUACGUUACCGUGAAUACUACUACUACUACUACUACUACUACUACUACUAAUAAUAAUAAUAAUAAUAAUAGUAAUAAUAAUAAUAGAAAUGAUAAUAAUAAUUGAUAAUAAUUCAUUGUUGUCAACUAUUUGAGGUUUUUAUACAAAGGACCACUGAGCAUUAUCGUAAAAAAGGGUGAGAUUUACAUGGAAAAUAAAUAAACUAUAAUAGUAAUAGUUGAAGUUUAGCUCGUUACCCAAACUUGUAAAUACAAGAAGAGGUACUUAAUUAAAGUACGAAAAGUGCUCUGAGCAUUGUUAAAGUAACUUUAAUAAAUAAGAGUAAG